GUUCUUACACGAAUAAACACAAACACACGUCUUACUAUGUUAUGAAACCCAACUACAAAUCUCUUACACUGCCCAUGGCUGCCAAUGAGAUGACGAGAGAUUUACGCCUCGUUCUCCUCAUCGCCGUCCUUCUCACCGGAGCUCCCUGCACAACCGCCGGAGAACCCUCCGGGAAAUACUCGAAGCUUUCGGGGAUAAUAAUACCGGGGUUUGCAUCAACGCAGCUCAGAGCCUGGUCGAUAUUAGACUGUCCUUAUACUCCGCUCGAUUAUAAUCCUCUUGAUUUGGUUUGGCUCGACACUACCAAACUUCUAUCUGCUGUAAAUUGCUGGCUUAAGUGCAUGCUGUUAGACCCCUACAAUCAAACAGAUAACCCAGAGUGCAAGUCUCGUGCUGAUACAGGUCUUUCUGCUAUCACUGAACUUGAUCCAGGUUACAUAACAGGUCCUCUUUCUUCCAUUUGGAAGGAAUGGGUGACGUGGUGUAUUGAGUUUGGAGUUGAGGCAAAUGCAGUCAUUGCUGCUCCAUAUGAUUGGAGAUUGUCACCAGCAAAGCUUGAGGAGCGGGAUCUUUACUUUCAUAAGCUAAAGCUGACUUUUGAAACUGCACUUAAAACACGUGGUGGUCCCUCGUUAGUUUUUGCUCAUUCACUUGGUAACAAUGUCUUUCGCUACUUUUUGGAGUGGUUGAAGCUAGAGAUUGCUCCAAAAAGAUAUACCAGAUGGCUUGAUGAACAUAUUCAUUCCUAUUUUGCCGUUGGAUCUCCUUUUCUUGGUUCCGCUCAGACAAUUGAAUCGACACUUUCUGGAUUGACAUUUGGUCUUCCUGUUUCUGAGGGAACAGCUCGUUUGAUGUCCAGUUCAUUUGGCUCAUCACUUUGGAUGCUACCACAUUCAAAGUAUUGUAAGACGGAUAACAUGUACUGGAAAUAUAUAUCUGGAAGAAGUAAAAAAGAUCAUCAAGUAUACUACUGUGAUAAAGAAGAAUUUAGAACAAAGUAUUCUGGGUGGCCAACAAAUGUAGUCAAUAUUGAAAUUCCUUCUGGUUCAGAUGGCAACUUGUCUAGCAAUGAAUGCAGACUGCCAACCCUUUUAUCCUUCUCUGCUCGUGAUGUCUCAAACGGAAAUUUUUUCAAAGCAAUUAAGGAUUAUGAUCCUGACAGCGAAAGGGCAUUGUACCAAUUAAACAAGUCUUACCACGAAGAUCCAGUUAUGAACCCACUAACACCUUGGGAAAGACCUCCUUUGAAGAAUGUCUUUUGCAUAUAUGGGGUUGAUUUAAGAACCGAGGUUGGUUAUUAUUAUGCACCAAGUGGUAAGCCUUACCCUGAUAACUGGAUGAAAACUGAUGUCAUAUAUGAGAUUGAAGGAUCCUUGUAUUCCAGGUCAGGUAAUCUGGUUGAUGGAAUCCCAGGAACAAGCAGUGGUGAUGAAACGGUCCCUUACAAUUCUCUGUCCUGGUGCAAGACUUGGUUGGGACCGGAAGUGAACAUAACAAGAGCCCCACAGUUGGAGCAUGAUGGGUCAGACGUACAAGUACAGUUAAAUGUUGAACAUAUACAUGAGGAUAUUGUUUCCAACAUGACAAGGUCACCCAGGGUCAAGUACAUAACAUUUUAUGAAGAUUCUGAAAGUCUUCCAGGCAAGAGGACUGCAGUUUGGGAGAUCGAUAAAGCAAAUCACAGAAAUAUUGUGAGAUCACCUAUCAUGAUGCGGGAGAUAUGGCUCGAGAUGUGGCAUGAUGCUCAUGCUGAUAAAAACAAAAAUUUUGUUACAAAAAGUAUGCGUGGGCCUCUAAGAGAUGAUGACUGUUACUGGGAUUACGGAAAAGCCCGUUGCGCAUGGUCUGAGCAUUGUGAAUAUAGGUAUAUUUUUGGAGACGUCCACCUUGGGCAGAGUUGUAGGUUGAAAAAUUCUUCGGCUGAUAACCUUUACUUUUAUAUAUAACUUCUGAGGUAUACUUUUUCUUCCUUCUCAUUUGUAUUGAUUAGUUCUUUGUAUUAGUACUAGAGGUAAUGGAUAUGCAAAUGUUGAUAAAGAUUUAUGUAUCAUCAGUAUUAGGGCAUGAUUCUUGUUACUAUAUAUGCCCCAAAAUAUGAAGUAGAAGGAGAUAGGAGAUAUAUAGUAGGGAAAUAGAGAAAUUUGUAUGCUUAACAUAGAGUUUCAAUGUAUCAAUAGACAAAAGAAAUCCUUAUUUUUGGUAUUGACA